CAGACAACUCCACAUUAAGGUGUAGACGUCGUGUCGUCCACUCGAGCUAUUUCGUUGAGAAGGACAACCCUUGGUUCUAAGACUUCUAUUUCUCAAGCACCCAGUACGUAAAGAAACUAGAAGGAUGGCCAGCUCUUCGGUGAUACUUGGGGUACUUCUGUGUGCAGGUUUCCUCACUUUGGCUUCGGCGGCUGGUAAUGCCACUGUAGCGCCGUCUGGUGGGAACGCGACGUCUAGCGGUUCUCGUGGGAACAACACAGCCUGCACCGCAAAAGUGACCUCCUGCCGCAGCGUGGUGUCUGGUAUCAUCGCCAAUGUCACUUCUCUGGCCGGCCAAAUCCUGACCGGUGGAUCCUCAAUCACUACCGCCCUGAAGUCACUGUGCACUCAGUUCACCAAGGUGGAGAAGUGUGUGAAAACGGCUGCCGACUCGGCGGACUGCAGCGGUCUCCCCAACACCCUGAAGGACUACAAGGACAGCGUCAGCAUCCCAUCCAUCUGCGGCCGGUACAUCGGCGCAGCCGGACACGCCCUCCCCAACAUGGCCGUCGUCCUGGCUUCUAUCCUGGCCGCAAUGCUCGUCGGGAAACUUUUCUAAGGGCUUUUAUUUGUCAAGUGGUGAAUGCUUGACGUCUUCUUGGCUUAUCAAAUAAUAGCACAUCUCCCCCCCUCUCUCUCUCCCGUUGUGCAAGAUGUCAAAAACACUACUUCCAUGUAAGAAAUCUAUUAUAGGUAGUUACGCUGUAGUUGAUUAACAGUACUGUAUCAGUGAAACAGAAGUCAACCAAACGUCGGUCUGCUUGUGCAAAUACCUCAACGGUUUGUCAAUGCAUGGCGUUAUAUUACUUUCAAUAUUAAUUUUGGAGUAAAAAUAGGAGCAAUAUUUUUUUCUCUCUAGUUUUGCUUAGAUCUAUCUUCUCUUAAUGACAUUUGUGAGUUAAGCUAGGGGUGUUUUAAUUGGACUCUUAACAAAUUGAUUUUCAAUUGUUACUUGUUAUAGUAGACAUGUUGUUAAGAUUGUUUUGAGUCGGUACAAAUUGUAAUGAGGCUUGCUUGUAUGUAACUUUGUAAGUGAUAUAAACUAUUGCAUGAACAUAUCCAGUUACAGGAUUUACCAUUUCGGAUUACUGGUAUUGUGUCGGAAUAUAUGAUAAUGGCCGGCUUAGCCAGGUCAUUGGAAAGUUCUGGAUUAUGAUACAGACCGAAUCUUGUCAUCAAACUUUUUGUUGUAACGUUAUUAACAAUCACAUGUGGGUAUAUUUGGAAAUAAACCUUUCUCACUGGUGAAAUCUA